UGAUAAGCCCAUUACAAUCUUACACGCACAGAAUGCACUGCGGUUGAUUUAAUUUUACCAGCAUUUAAGAGAUCGAAACAGCCGCAGCCUCUUAACCCUAACCCUAACGCCGGCGGACCACAGCAGAGCAAGAGCACCAAAGCUUGCCGCCAUGGGUAGAAGACCUGCAAGGUGCUACCGUCAAAUCAAGAACAAACCCUACCCCAAGUCACGGUAUUGCCGUGGUGUUCCUGAUCCCAAGAUCAGAAUUUAUGAUGUUGGAAUGAAAAAGAAAGGUGUUGAUGAGUUCCCAUUCUGCGUUCAUCUUGUGAGUUGGGAGAAGGAAAAUGUGUCCAGUGAGGCCUUGGAAGCUGCUCGCAUUGCUUGCAACAAGUACAUGGCCAAAUUUGCUGGCAAGGAUGCGUUCCAUUUGAGAGUUAGGGUGCACCCUUUCCAUGUUCUUCGGAUCAACAAGAUGCUUUCGUGUGCUGGGGCUGAUAGGCUCCAGACUGGCAUGAGAGGUGCCUUUGGUAAACCCCAAGGUACUUGUGCUAGAGUCAGCAUUGGUCAGGUCCUGCUUUCUGUUCGUUGCAAGGACAGUAAUAGCCAUCACGCUCAGGAGGCUCUUCGCCGUGCAAAGUUUAAGUUCCCUGGUCGUCAAAAGAUUAUUGUUAGCAGGAAAUGGGGAUUCACCAAGUUCAGCCGUGCUGAUUAUCUGAGGUGGAAGUCAGAGAACAGGAUUAUGCCUGAUGGUGUCAAUGCUAAGCUCCUUGGAUGUCAUGGUCCUUUGGCUCAUCGUCAACCUGGAAGAGCUUUUCUGGAAGCUACAUCGUAGGAUAUUUGCUACCUAAAAAUAGUAUAAUCUCUUAGAGAUCCGUUGCUGAACAUUGCUUAGUUUAUUAUUGUUAUUGAAACUUUUUGUCAAUUGAAUUGGACAUAAUUCAUUUUAUGUGGCAUUUGUGUUUGGUUUUAA